UAAACCUUUCGGGGCUGCUCCGAGGGCCGCAGCCGGAGACGGCGCCACGAGGGGGCUGGAGCGGGCGAGGUGACGGCGGGUUGCUCCUGGGAGGCCAGGGCAGCUGAUGGUUGUGGCCGAAAUACCUCAAGGUAGCCGGGCUGCCCCCCUCUUCCCCACCUACCUCUUGUCCUCCCCCCCACACCACCACCACCCUGGCUCCCCUCCCUCAUGACCGCCUGGAUCCUCCUUCCUGUCAGCCUGUCAGCAUUCUCCAUCACUGGCCUAUGGACUGUGUAUGCCAUGGCCGUGAUGAACCACCAUGUGUGCCCCGUGGAGAACUGGUCCUACAACGAGUCCUGCUCUCCUGACCCUGCAGAGCAAGGGGGCCCCAAGGCCUGCUGCACCCUGGACGAUGUCCCCCUCAUCAGCAAGUGCGGCACAUAUCCCCCAGAGAGCUGCCUCUUCAGCCUCAUUGGCAACGUGGGUGCCUUUAUGGUGGCCCUGAUAUGCCUCCUGCGCUACGGGCAGCUCCUGGAGCAGAGUCGACACUCCUGGGUUAACACAACAGCACUCAUCACAGGCUGCACCAAUGCUGCGGGCCUCGUGGUAGUCGGCAACUUUCAGGUGGAUCAUGCCAAGUCUCUACACUACGUUGGAGCUGGUGUGGCCUUCCCUGCGGGGCUGCUGUUUGUCUGCUUGCACUGUGCCCUCUCCUACCACGGGGCCACUGCACCCCUGGACCUGGCUAUGGCCUACCUGCGAAGUGUGCUGGCUAUCAUCGCUUUCAUCACCCUAGUCCUCAGUGGUGUCUUCUUCGUCCAUGAGAAUUCUCAGCUGCAGCAUGGGGCAGCCUUGUGUGAGUGGGUGUUUGUCAUCGAUAUCCUCAUUUUCUAUGGUACCUUCAGCUAUGAGUUUGGAGCAAUCUCCUCAGACACUCUGGUGGCUGCAUUGCAGCCUACUCCUGGCAGGGCCUGCAAAUCCUCUGGGAGCAGCAGCACCUCCACCCACCUCAACUGUGCCCCCGAGAGCAUCGCCAUGAUCUGAGGUCUGGGGAGGGUGGCUGGCCCGGCCUCCGCAGCACCCACACCACACUACACCAUAUCAUCUUUGCAUUUAUUUUGUACCAAAAACAAUUUGAGAAAGUGUUCUGUUGGGAUCUAGGCUUCCUUACUCCCAGAGAAGUGGCCAUCCCACAUCCACCUGUGCCAUAGAGGAGCAGGACCUACCAGCUGCCACAGCUGCACUACCUACUCCCCCACCCCAAAAUGUUGUUUUGUGUUUAAAGGUCACCUGUCCUCACUCACCCAGCCAGCCCUUCAGGUGCCUUCUAAUCCCGGUGCAAGAGCCAGACCACUGGGGUUUCCUGCUGCAGGAAUUGGGGGCUGGGAACAGCAGAGGGGAUAGAAGUUGUGGGGGGAGUGAGCAUGCCUUAGUCUGUAUGGUAAGGUCCACUUCUGGGCCCACUGAGCUGCACCGGGAUUCUUCACUCUGCCCCUCACUUUAUGGCAAAUAACACAGCAGAACCAUGUGGGUAUUUUAGUACUUUUUUUUAUAUCUAUUAAAAGAAUUCUAAUUUGCA